AGGCAUUAAGCCAGCAUGUUAGUGUUGUUGUUCCGGUCAACCUAACCUGACCUAGCCAGCUAGCUCCAGUAGCUCUGCUAGCAGCCUGAGAGGAUCCACCAGUCUGCUCACAACCAGCUGCAGCACAACACAGAUCAGCGCUUCUAUGUCAACAAGGUGUCCAGAGGGCUGAGCGCAUCUUCUACUCACAUAGCGGAGCUUCGGACUCUAAAGCUGGGGUGUCCAUCUCUUUUGAGUAUCCCCCCCCUGCUAGCACUGGCUUCCACCCUGUGACUCACUGGUCACUAGAGGGGCCCCGUCAGAGCAAGGGCCCACACUGUAGCUCCAGGUCCCCUCUGUCUGUGUGUGUGUGAGUGAGAGAGCUGUGUGUUGAGUCCUCUGGAGACUCCCCGGCUUGUCCAGCUAAGAUGUCCUCCAUCUUGCCGUUCACCCCUCCUGUGGUGAAGAGGCUUUUGGGCUGGAAGAAGUCGUCCAGUGGCCCGGGCGGAGCAGGCGGUGGAGAACAGAACGGGCAAGAGGAGAAAUGGUGCGAGAAGGCUGUGAAGAGCUUAGUGAAGAAACUAAAGAAGACAGGCCAGCUAGAUGAGCUGGAGAAAGCUAUCACCACACAGAACUGCAACACCAAGUGUGUCACCAUCCCCAGCAAUUGCUCUGAAAUAUGGGGACUGAGUACACCAAAUACGAUAGAACAGUGGGAUACAUCAGGCCUAUACAGCUACCCUGACCAAACCAGAUCUCUGGAUGGCCGCCUGCAGGUCUCCCACAGGAAGGGGCUUCCCCAUGUUAUCUACUGUCGCUUGUGGCGAUGGCCGGACCUUCACAGCCACCACGAGCUGCGCGCCAUCGAGGCCUGUGAGUAUGCCUUCCACCUAAAGAAGGAUGAGGUCUGCAUCAACCCCUACCACUACCAGAGGGUGGAGACCCCAGUGCUGCCUCCUGUUCUUGUGCCAAGACACUCAGAAAUCCUGCCAGAGCUGCCACCUCUGGAUGACUACACUCAUUCCAUACCUGAGAACACAAACUUCCCCGCAGGAAUCGAACCUCCAAACAACUAUAUACCAGAAACGCCUCCACCAGGCUACAUCAGUGAGGAUGGGGAGGCCAGCGAUCAACAAAUGAAUCAAAGUAUGGACACAGGUUCUCCGGCAGAGCUCUCCCCCAGCACUCUGUCUCCUGUCAAUCACAGCAUGGACCUGCAGCCGGUGACUUACUCUGAGCCAGCCUUCUGGUGCUCUAUAGCCUAUUACGAGCUGAACCAGCGCGUGGGGGAGACGUUCCACGCCUCUCAGCCCUCGCUGACGGUAGACGGCUUCACAGAUCCAUCAAACUCUGAGCGUUUCUGCCUGGGCCUGCUGUCUAACGUCAACAGGAACGCCACUGUGGAGAUGACCCGGAGGCACAUAGGAAGAGGAGUUAGACUCUACUACAUUGGAGGGGAGGUAUUUGCUGAGUGCCUGAGUGAUAGCGCUAUCUUUGUCCAGAGUCCAAACUGCAACCAGCGGUAUGGCUGGCAUCCAGCGACAGUGUGUAAAAUUCCUCCAGGUUGUAAUCUAAAAAUCUUCAACAACCAGGAAUUUGCAGCCCUGCUGGCUCAGUCGGUCAACCAGGGCUUCGAGGCUGUUUACCAGCUCACCAGGAUGUGCACCAUCCGCAUGAGCUUUGUCAAAGGCUGGGGAGCCGAGUACAGGCGGCAGACCGUCACAAGCACUCCUUGCUGGAUCGAGCUGCAUUUGAACGGUCCCCUGCAGUGGCUGGACAAGGUUCUGACCCAGAUGGGUUCCCCGUCUGCACGCUGCUCCAGUAUGUCCUAAACAGCUAAAGAAAUGCCCCCCCAAAAAAACGCAGCCCAUUACAUGAUCAUUAAAUUCUAAACUUGUGAGUCCUUUCAUGAAAAAAAAAUGGAAACCCCACAGAAUGAAUUUUCUGUAACAUUCUCCACAGUAUUUGUGGCCCAGUUCCACAUCCCUCUUUUAACUUUACACACACACACACACACACACACACAAGAACAAAUGCACCUACACUGUUGCACUCACACACAUACAGACUUUUCAGUUAAAAAAAAAAAGAAAAUUGGCACUUUGUUACCCAUCUAUGUCAUGCACCUUGUUAAAUUGCUUUUCCCCAAAUCCUUAAUAUUAGAUCUAUUUGUGGUACAAAUAAAAAUGUAUAUUGGUUUUUAGUCCAGGAAGUAGGGGAAAUACCAAAAAUAUCUGUGAAUAGUUUCUCAGUAUUGAAGAUUGCUUGUAUGAGUAACACAAGCUUGAAUGCUAAAAUGAUUUUUGUUCCAGCCCACCCCAACCAUUGUUCUGAACCUAAGUUUACUUUUCUCUGGGAAACUUGGCCCCAUCUUUUGUCAGGGGGGAGGUGGCUUGGUGAAGAAACGAUGGCCUUGGUGGCCGUUCUCCUCCGAAGGAAACGCCACAGUGUGUUUAUGAAAUUUGAAUUGACUUCGCCAGAAUGGCCCUUUUUUGUAACUCUCGACGUGUGUCGUUAUAAGACAUGCUUCUUAAUGGACGAAUAGGAAUGUUAGUUUUAAAAAAAAAAAAAGAAGUGAUUCCAAAAACCCCAAACAAACUGCAAACUUGAUCUGGAUGUAGUUUAUUUCUUUGUCAUUAUAUGGCACUCUACAUGUCCUUGGUUUAGUUGAUUUACAUCCCCACUGAACAGCCUGGUAUGGAAGCUAAUGAGAUGUUUGGCCAGGCUUUGCGAGGUGCACUGGGCAGGGACCAGAGAAUAUCAGCUGUUAUCAAAAGCUUUUUUCUCUCUCUUUUUGACUCGACACUGGGAGUCCUGGGGCUCUCCGAGGUGAACCAUUAAACGUCUCACCAGGAGAAAUUGAAGGUAUCAAUGAAUUCAUUCUGUUUUUAGCCUAUAUCCCCAUUGUUUUGCUACUUUUUUGUAUUCUCAUGUAUUUUUAUAUAUAAAUAUACUUAAAAUUUUCUGUCGUUCACUUUUUAUUAAAGUAAUAUUUUCAAGACCACAGCUGUUUCUAAAGUGACAUGGAGGGCAUGGAUCAUUCCUUCGUUUUACCCCAAAAGGUUUAGUUUGAAUUAAUUUCCAAUUGCAGCUCUUUGUCUUGGUAAAAAAAAAAAAAAACUCACUGCCCCACAUGAUGUGUAGCCUGUUUCUAUCCUUUGUUUUUCCAAAGAAAUCUGGUGCAUUUAAAGUACACAAACCUGAAACCCCAAAUCUACUUUCCUGUAAUGGUUUUAAUGAUUCCAGAGGCAUGUAAAACUUUGUAAUGGCCAUUCAUUCAGUCAUCUCUACACUUCUUUUAUUGAAAAACACACGUGACCUCUUGUGACCUUUUGGUGCUUAAGUCAAGCAGGUUAAGGUCAACCAGAUACAAUUGGCUUUUUAAAAUGUUACAGAAACAUGGGAGUAGAGGAGAGGAGGGCGGUUUUCUUCCAUGAGAAAAGAAGAGCGAAUGUGCCUGCACACUAGGACAUUCUGUGUUAAUGUGUGUAUUGUAUUUGUUCUGUCUAUAAAAUACAGUAUGUACAACAAGACUUAUUAGCUUAUUAAACUCUGCCAUUAUUGUCAUUACGUGGCUGUUGCGAGUUUAACAUGUUUCCCCCCCUCUCUCCCUUCUUUUUGAUGUAAAUGUGUUUACCUUAUGGCACUAGUGAUUGUACUUUAAGUGCACCUAGUGAAGUUUGGAUUUGGGGAACUGAACCAUGUGUUAGGGUCCAGUGUUACAUUGUUUUUAUCCUUGGCCUACAACAUAUGAAUGUGAAAAAAAAUACAUUACAAAAACUGACGUGGACCAGACGUACAUAUACAUAACAGUAGUACAGUAUGUGUGUAUUUAACAGUAAUCUUUUUGCAAAGCAGUCAGUACAGUAGAUGUCGCAGUUGUUUUACCAGUAGAGGGCGGUAUUGAUAGAGCAGUUCUUUUUUUUCUGACCAUAAGCUUCUCAGGCGUGUGGCAUAUUAUGCAGACUUCAUAAAACACUAAUAAAGAUUUUUAUUCUCAUGA